UGGAGAGACUACAGACUCGGUGCAAUUAUCUGGGGUUAGUUGCCCCGAUUUGAAUUAGGUUGGCAUAAUGUUUGCAAAUGGUUAGGGUUGCUCCCUCCAUAUAUACUUGUAUCUCAUUGAAACUAUUAUAUUAGGGAAGCGAUUUGUUGUAAACUAGUGCCGUUCCUCUUGAAGCGCUCUAUCCUAACUAUUCUGUACGAAUCAGCGGCUCUCUCUCUCUCUCUUUCUGAUGUGAGUGUAAAGGGUGCCAUUUGAUUUAUUCCUAGCUGGAAACUUAAUUGCUCCGCCCCCGGGAUACCGUGUGACAAGUCGUUUCUCCUUUUGAUGUGUAUGUGUGUGUGUGUGUAUGUGUGUGUGUAUGUGUGUGUGUGUGUGUUAUGUGUGUAUGUGUGUGUUUGUCCAGCGGACCUGCUCUACACGAAUCUUAAACAUAACAACUUCAACAAAGCCAGUGCUCGACUCCAGAGUAGAGAGGCAACUUUGAUCAGAUACAGCGCCAACCCUGAACAUUUUUGUUCAAUGAUUCUUCGUUCUUAUAACAAGGAGAAUUGAGCCGGUUGGGUGUUUUACCAAAUUCUAUAUGUACCAGCGACCAUGGCCGCGCCGAUGGCUCUGAUCCCGCCUGCCCCGGUGAAUCAGACUCUGAUCGCGACCCCUUCGUCCUCUUCCUCCUCAUCAUCUUCUUCCUCCUCUUCCUCACCGGCCAUCUCGUCCAUUCCAGCGUCCUCGGCGGCUGGCAGUGGAGGGAGUAGCGGGGGAGCGCAGACUCUCUACCGAACGGACGGGAGCUCCAAGCCGGUUUACUCCACGCCGUCUCCGGUAGAGAACACGCCGCAGAACAACGAGUGUAAAAUGGUCGAAUUACGGGGGGCCAAAGUGGCCUCUUUCACCGUAAACGGACACGAGCUCAUCUGCUUGCCUCAGGCUUUCGACCUGUUUCUCAAACACCUGGUCGGGGGGCUUCACACUGUCUAUACCAAAUUAAAGAGGCUGGAUAUAACUCCGGUGGUCUGCAACGUGGAACAAGUGCGCAUUCUCCGAGGGCUGGGAGCCAUUCAACCCGGGGUGAACCGCUGCAAACUGAUCUCCAGGAAAGACUUCGAGAUUCUCUACAACGACUGUACCAAUGCCAGUUCCAGACCAGGAAGACCUCCAAAAAGGUCCCAGAGUGUUACAUCCCCCGAGAAUUCUCACAUCAUGCCGCACACUGUCCCUGGCCUCAUGUCUCCAGGAAUGAUUCCACCGACAGGUCUUACAGCAGCAGCUGCAGCUGCAGCGGCAGCUGCAACCAAUGCAGCCAUCGCGGAGGCCAUGAAGGCAAAGAAGAUCAAACUCGAAGCUAUGAACAGUUUCCACGGUAGCAAUAACCAGCCCGGGACCGAGUCAGAAAAUGGUGACAUGAACUCCAGUAUUGGUAGCAUCGAUGGCUCCUGGGAUAAAGAGAAACUGCAGUCUCCCACUGCCCCAUCGGCGCAGGUUUCUGUCAGCCAUGCUGCCCUCUCCAGCCAGCAAAACCUCGCUGUAAAUCAUUCCCUCAAAUCCCUUCAGCAGAACCACUUAUUACCCAAUGGUCUGGAGCUCCCAUUUAUGAUGAUGCCCCAUCCACUUAUUCCUGUUAGUCUACCUCCGGCUUCAGUUACCAUGGCAAUGACCCAAAUGAACCACCUUACCACUAUCGCUAACAUGGCAGCUGCAGCCCAAGUACAAAGUCCCCCUUCUAGAAUGGAAACUUCAGUUAUUAAGGAACGUGUCCCUGACAGUCCUUCACCUGCCCCAUCUUUGGAAGAUGGUCGCCAUCCAGGGAGUCAUCCUUCCUCCCACCGGAGCAGCAGCGUAUCGAGUUCACCAGCUCGGACAGAGAGCUCUUCCGACAGAGUCCCUGUCCAUCAGAAUGGACUGUCGAUUAACCAGACCCUGCUGGGCUUGUCUCCCACUAUCCCACCUGGUUCCAAGGAAGGUGAUCUUGCCUGUCAGGAUGGAGGACAUGAAGCAAAAAGAAUACACAGUGAAAAAGAUGAAGUCCUGAUCUCAAAUCCUACUGCAAGGGACUGUUUUGAGAAGCUUUCCCUGGCUGGCCAACAUCUACCACCAGGCUUCCCAGCUCCAUUCCUCUUCCCAGAUGGACUUUCUUCAAUUGAAACACUGCUGACAAAUAUCCAGGGUCUACUGAAGGUUGCCAUCGACAAUGCCAGGGCCCAGGAAAAGCAAGUGCAACUUGAAAAGACGGAGUUAAAGAUGGAACUGUUCAGGGAGCGGGAGAUGAGGGAAAGCUUGGAGAAGCAGUUAGCCGUUGAGCAGAAAAACAGAGCAAUAAUCCAGAAGCGGUUAAAGAAAGAGAAGAAAGCAAAGAGGAAAUUGCAAGAAGCUCUUGAAUUUGAGACCAAGCGACGAGAACAAGCUGAGCAGACAUUAAAACAAGCUGCCUCUGCGGACAACCUCAGAGGCAUGAACGAUUCAGUGACCCAGGAGCUGGAGGCUGAUCGCAGCACUGGGCGAACAGAUGCUGAAAGGACAAUACAAGAUGGAAGGAUGUAUCUGAAGUCAUCCGUAAUGUAUUAAAACAACGGCACCAUGUGAUUCGAAAAUUCAACCAGGAACAUGAGAAAAAUUGUAUAAAAAAUGAUGAAUUCCUCUACUAACAUGUGGGUUAAUAGCGCUUUUGAGACAGCUUUUACCCAGUUUGCAUAACUGUGUUAAUUUGCCAUCCAUGAAAUGUUUAAUGUAUUACAAUAAUAGUCCUCUCCAACAACUGACUUCAACAUCAGCGCUCUCUGAAGUAGACAAUCCUGAUGAGUAUAAAACACCAAGACUCAAAUGGUGAUUGUCAUCAGGAGGUCACUGCUGGGACUAUACGUGUCCUUUUCGUGGACUAAACUCUGACCAGUGCUGACAAUUGUAAUGUUAAGCACAUCACGCAAAAAAAAAAAUCACCAGUAGUGAAAAAGAAGCGAACAAACUCUUUUUAAAAAAUAUAUCUGUUAUUCCCCUCCACUUCUCUUUGUUAGAGUUGGUGUAUUCAAACCAGCAAGAAAGCUUCUGAAACUCUCCUUUCCUGGAUGUAAACAAACUAUACUUAUAGGGCUGCCAGGUUAGUACAAGUAACAUGAUGUUGCAAGGGACAAUAAUUCUUUAACUGGGAGAUGAAAAGAGUGGGAUGAAGAGAGGGAAGGUUGGAUCGAGUAUUUAGACAAAAUGUAACCCAUGGGAAAUAGACCUGGCAUUGACUUUCCUCUGCUAAAUUUCAAAAUAAACACACAAAAUUUAAAAGUGAAUGUAAGUUUUAAAAGUCACAAAAGAUAUAUAUUUGUGCGUUCCACACACAAACACAUAUUUGUGAAUACUGUUUGCUUCUUGCCAAGCUUCUGGUUGUGUGUAUAUAAUAUGACACAGGGAGGUAAUGUGUAUGCAGUAGAUUACUAGAGAAAAAAAACACAGUACUUUUGAGAUUUAAAUGCUGAUAUGUUUUGUCACAUUGUUUGUUCCAGACACUGCAAUUUUUGGUUAUAUAGCUCAUUAACAAAGCAUGCAGGCAUGUAAAUAUUUGUCCUCAAGUCACAGUAUUACUGAACGAGAUCCUUGGCGUCUGUUUUGCGCCUUUUCAAGGUCAGUAUGGCAGGUGGGAAACCCUGCCUGUCUGGCAUUCAAUGAGGGAGCUUCUUGUCUCUGCUCUCUGACAUAGGACUGAUGAAAUUAAUUAAGAUUUGUGGCGUUGCAGCGUGAUGGAUUAAAAAAAAAGCAACAGAAAUGUUCCUCUCUUUGUUUCGUUCUAUAACUAUUAUUUUCGUGUCACCUUGAGGCGUUGCUCUUCAAAAAAAAUAGGAACUUUGCAACACUUGAUGUAAUGGUUGAAACAAAAAAACCUAGAUGAGUGGUGAGUUAAAGUCUGUAUUCUCCCUGUGUAAUAGGGAAGGAUGGUUUUGUGUAAUUAUCAAUGUCUUUGAUAAACUGUGUGAUCACAUUUGUGCAAAUAAUUGAAAGUAAACUCCAACACAGUGCUAAUUUGCUAGCCUAGCCUUUUCUCUUCAUUUUGCCAUUGUUUACUGCCAUGUUAACCAUUAAAAGACCAUCCUUGCAGAGAAAACAAUAAUCCACAUUGGCAUUGUUGACUAUUGCAGACAGAGUAUGUCAACAAUAGAACAUAAGAAGCUAAGAAAUAGAAGCAGGAGUAGUCAUUUGGUCCCUUGUGCUUGCUCUAUCUUUACCUCCACCCAACUUUCUUGCAAUAACCCCAUAUCCCUUAUUCCCUUCAUAAAAAUCUAUUGUUUGAAUAUAUUAAGCCUUCCUAUUCCUGUAAGGUAGAGAAUUUUAAGUUUCACUCCUCUUGGAUAAAAUACUCUUUCACAUCUCACUCCAAACUGGCUGAUCCCAAAUUCUGUGAUUGUAAACAUUGGUUCUGGAGAAUCCAAACAUGGGAAGAAUCCUUAUUGCAUCAGCCAUCUUAAACUCUAAAUGAUUUUUAUGCUUCAAUUAUAUCACCACAUACUCUUCCAGGUUCAACUGUAUAUAGUCUAAGUCAUUUUCAUCUGACCUCAUAAGACAACUCCCCCAUCAGCAUACUCCACCCUGGGAAUCAAUCAAUCAAUCAGGUGAACCUUCAUGACACAUUGUUCUAUGCUAGCAUAUCCUUCCUGAGACCAGAUCUCUACCCAACAAUCCCAAUACAUUCUCACCAGCGUCAGAUAUACUUACAGUAAUGUAUCUUUUAUCCUCAGGUCCUCUCACUGUAAAAAUCAUCAGAUUGUUUCCCUUCCUGAUUGCUUACUUUACCUGAAUGUUAACUUUCAGUGACUUGUGUAUUAAGAUAUAGGGGUUCUACUGAACACCAACCUUUCAGCUUCUCACCUUCUACAAAAUCCUCUGCCUUUAUUUAUAUAGCAAUAUUUUUGCUACAGUUUGACAUGCUUCUUAUUUAGAUCCCAUCUGCCAAGCCUUCACCUAUUUGCGUAACCUAUCUAUAUCCCCCUGUUUUUUGUAUCUUUGUAUCCUAUUCAAAAUCUGCCAGUGCCACCCCAUCAUGGCUAAUAACUUCUCAUGGUUUUUUGGCAAACUUUGACCCACCAGAUUAGAUAGGGUUCUCAUGAUGCUUUCAGUGAUACAACAGAGCAAACAUUUUAUUUGUCAAUGCAUUGGGCUUGUGAAAUCAGGUUGUAUUCUUUUUGUUUUAUCAAAAAUUACAAGAGAAAUUCACCAAAUUUGAUCAAAAGGUUAAUGAAUUCGCCAUUAAACACCAGUGUAGAAAAUAAAAUGAUCAAUGCUGUUUUAGGUCUGACUGAAUCUUCUGGUUUGUUUGUCAUACACCAAAAUGACUUUCAACUUUACAAAUUGAUUAAGAAGGGGCAGUUUUGUGUUAGCCUAACCCAGGAAUCUGGAAACAAGAUGUCUUUCUAGCACACCUUAAGAACAGGAAAUUUAGUAGUUUAGGAUCAAUGUAUUAUGACAAACAUCUUAAGGAAUGUUAACUUAGAGAUAUUGCAAGGCAAGCCCUAACCUUGUGUCAUCUUUGAAGAUUUUGCUUGGUCAGUGAAGGGAUAUCAUCUUUUCCAUUGCUGCAUGCUCUCCCACUCUAUUUCCAAGCAUUGUAUAGCAAAACUACUAAAGGGAGGAAGCAAAAAGGGAGCUGUUUGUUUCUCUGGCCAUGAUGGUCUUGAAAAGGUUAACAGCUGAGAUGAUGCACGUUCUGGCGAAGAAAGCAUCCUUAAUUGUCCAUGUGAUCUUUCUUUAAGGAGAAAUAUCAUCUUAAAAAAUCUUAUCUAGUAUUUGUUGUUCCUCUGCACCUUGCAUAGAGUCUUUAAUUUAAUAUAGAUCACCCUGGGAUGAAUGGAAGACAGGAAGUUUCCCUGUCCCAUCUAAAGGUAGUUCAAGAGUGGUGAGUUGCAUCUCUUCAAGUUAGUAGUUACUGUCAAGACAAUAAGAUAAACUACAUUCUGCCAAUUUAAAUAUGGCAUUCUCUUCAUCCAGUGAUAUGAGCAGCUGACAGCUUGGUGGUCAAUAUCCUUGUGUCUUUUGAUGACUUGUUUGAGAUGCCAAAUUUAUUGAAAGUAGAAACAUAAAGGGUAUAAGGAAGCUUACAGAAACUCAAUACGAGAGUGGAUUUCAAAAGAGAGACACUCUAGAAUAGAAAUGCAGGUUCUCUUUUUUAAAGUCAUAGAAAGGAAGUGUUGUAGGUUUUUUUUUAAACCAAAAUCAAAUUACCCUAGUUCUGUUGUUCAUUAAACUCUGUCCAUUGCCUCUCAGUACAAUACAUUUUCACUUUCUUGUUUAUAUACUUUUUACCUUGAACACGUACGUUUCAGUAUCCUGUAUUAUAACCACAUUUGCGCUCUAUGCAAGCCCUUGGAACAGAACACACUCAUCUUCAACUAGGACAUACAAAAAUUGUCUAUUUUUAUCUAUAUAUUUAAAGUUUUCUAAAAAAAAUGGUUAUUACGAAUUUUGUUGUACAAAAUCUGUACAAAAAGAUCUGUUUUUACAUCAUAAUGCAAGAAAUCGAGAUUUUUCUAUGGUAGCUUAGUUAUUUGAGCUUGGUUUAAAUGUGAGAACCACGUUUACUGUAUUGUAUUUAAUUUUCUUUCUUUUCAACAAUCUGCUAAUAAAAAAAUGUCUGAAU